AUGAUAACUCCAAGCAAAAUACUUUCCGUACUCCUGCUCGCCGGCGUCGCCCUCCUGAGCUUCGCGGCUUGCAACCUCAUCACCCCGCCUUCCCUGGGCCAGACCGAACCCGCGGCAUCCCCUCCGGCUGGCUCCGGUUCUGCUGGUUCAGCGCCAAUCCCAACGGCAACGCUGAUCUCUGGCUCGGCUUCCGGCGGAGCGGGCGCGCCCACUCCCGCCGUCCUGGUUUCCGGCGGGCGUUCCAUGAAGCAGUGGUCUACCGCUCCUCCCGUGACAAUCGACACUUCGGCCUCCUACACCGCCGUGCUCCACACCACUGCCGGAGACAUCACGGUCGACCUUUUGACCUCCGACGCGCCGAAUACCGUCAACAAUUUCGUAUUCCUGGCCCGUGAGGGUUUCUACGACAACGCCAUCUUCCACCGCACCAUACCGGGGUUCAUGAUCCAGGGCGGCGACCCCACCGGCACUGGCUCCGGCGGCCCCGGCUAUCGCUUUGCCGACGAGCCGGUCAACCGCCCCUAUUCCCGCGGCGUGAUGGCCAUGGCCAACGCCGGCCCGAAUACCAACGGCAGCCAGUUUUUCCUCAUGCACGCCGACUAUGCGCUGCCGCCCAGCUACACCAUAUUCGGGCAGACUGUUGCCGGCGUGGAGACCAUCGACAACAUCGCCACCGCUCCGACCCACCCCGGCGGCCAGGGCUCGUCGCCCGUGAACCCGGUGGCCAUCCAGUCAGUGGAGAUCGUAGGCCCCUAG